CAAGGCGCGUGCGGCUGGGCGCAGAACGCCAGUCUCUCCCCGAAGCGCCGUGUGCUACCGCUCCGCAGCAGAGGUCGGUGCCCGCCGCUGCCUUCGCGCCGCCGCUGCCGCCACCGCCGCCGCCGCCGCCAUGCCCAACUUCGCCGGUACCUGGAAGAUGCGCAGCAGCGAGAAUUUCGACGAGCUCCUCAAGGCGCUGGGUGUGAACGCCAUGCUGAGGAAGGUGGCCGUGGCGGCUGCGUCCAAGCCGCACGUGGAGAUCCGCCAGGACGGGGAUCAGUUCUAUAUCAAGACAUCCACCACCGUGCGCACCACGGAGAUCAACUUCAAGGUCGGAGAGGGCUUCGAGGAGGAGACAGUGGACGGACGCAAGUGCAGGAGUUUACCCACUUGGGAGAAUGAGAAUAAGAUUCACUGCACACAAACCCUUCUGGAGGGGGAUGGCCCCAAAACCUACUGGACCCGAGAGCUGGCCAACGAUGAGCUGAUCCUGACAUUUGGCGCCGAUGAUGUGGUAUGCACAAGAAUUUAUGUCCGGGAGUAAAGGUGGCCGGCUUGUUCCUGCUUUCAUGACAGGAUGCAAGUUCCCCUGAGGAGUACAACAUCGGCCUGCACAGCCAGUGGGUCUUUCCUCCCACACACCCUCCCCGUAAACAUUAGGCAACCCCAUUUCCCCUGUGAUAGUGCUGUAGCGCCCUUCCCUCCAGCCCCUGUUCCCUCUGCAUCCCUGGUUUGGCAUUUGCAUGGUUGUGCCAGUCAUUAAAGUGGUUGGACGCA